CUGAUCUUGCAGGUCUCUUUUUGCAAAAAAAUAAAAAAUGCAGAUGCAUGUAAAAGUGUUUCCCAAAAAGACUUAUGACAAAACAUUAUCCCCACAAGUCGGCAAUAGUCUAAAGUUAUGUUACUUUUCUUACAGGGAUGACAAUGAAAUGCUUCUUGUUUCUGGCCGUUGCUGCUGGCUGCCUGCCUGUUUUGAUUAUAAAAACAAAACUAUCCAAAGUUCCAUAUGAUACACUCUUUACGGAAAUGGAGGCUGUCCAAGAAGAAAUUGUUACUACACAUAACAUCCUCAGGAGAGGAGUAUCUCCACCAGCCAGCAACAUGCUGAAAAUGAAUUGGAGUGAAGAAGCUGCACAAAAUGCCAGAAUGUUGUCAAAGGACUGUGAAUUGGUACAAAGCAAUGCACUCAAGAGGCGAAUUACAAAUACUUUUUGUGGAGAAAAUAUGCAUCUGACAUCUUAUCCUAUCUCAUGGUCAAAUGUGAUCAGGAUCUGGUACAGUGAGUCUAAAUAUUUCCAGUAUGGGGAAUGGACAUUGAAAGAUGAUGACAUGACAACUGACCAUUACACUCAGGUUGUUUGGGCCGCUUCUUAUCUUAUUGGCUGUGGCAUGUCAUCAUGUCAUAAAGGAAUUCAUUAUCUCUACAUUUGUCACUAUUGUCAUGAGGGAAAUGAUCCUGACAAGAAGAAUGUACCUUAUAAUAAGGGAAGUCCAUGUGGAGACUGUCCAAAUAACUGUGAAGAUAAACUAUGUACGAACCCCUGCAUCUACUACGAUGAAUACAAUAACUGUAAUACACAAACUCAACGUCUUGGCUGCAACCACCUGUCAGUUCAACGACUCUGCAAAGCUAGUUGUAUGUGUCAAACUGAGAUAAAAUAGCCUUUUUUAUUUGCAACUGUAACAUGCUGUUGGAUCAUCUUUGACCUUCCUUUGCUCCAGCAG